AUGACCUUCCUUCUCUUAGGUCACGAGUUCGAGACUGGACAGAUCAUUUUCAGCAACAACAUCAACAAAGACCGACUUGUCGGCUUGUUACAUGGAGCUGAGGAAAACGGAGAACGAAGUCAAAGAAAGUUGAAAGCUUUGCACUCUCGGUUCUCGAAUCAUAUCUAUCUUCCCUCAAUUGUCUGCGCUUCUCUCAAUUUCUGGCCACUUGUUCGUUUCAAUCGAUUACAGAUGAAAACUGUUUCUGGAAAAAUUGUAUCUACGAAGGCUGUCAAUCUCUCGAAAGCUGCCAAUAUCUUAUCAAAAUUUGUAACAUCCGACAAUGGAGCUUCUCAAUCGGUGUCAGCUUAUCUUCGUCGUGCUUCUGUGGCAUUCAACGAGCUUGUAUACUUUAAAAAGCACAACAAGCUGAAGAAAAAGGCGAAUGAAGACGCUUCAACCAUAUCUGAUAUAAGCCAAAGAAAUUUAGAAGAAGAUGAUGUUAGGGUUCCUAAAAAUGAUAAUGUUGAAGACAAGAGUGAAGACAAGAAGAAAAAGAAGAAGAAGAAGAAGAAGAGGAAGAAUGUAGAGGUUGAUGGGGGAGAAAUUGGCAAUUUGGAAGGACCUGAAAGGAAGAAGAGAAGGAGAACCGAAGCUGAUGAAUAGCCCUGAAAAUUUGUUAAAUUUUUUUGUUGUGAUUUUAAGUUACAUUACAUGAUGAAUUUGAUAUGAUAUUUGUGCAAUUGUUCAGCUUCUAGACAAUUUUGAUGGUGGUAAACUAGGUGGUUGUUGCUAUUAUUAACUUUCAUUUAGGAAUCAAUUUUGAAUGAAUUUGAU